CUGGCAUUUACUGCUGUGUGUAAACAACAGAUAAAAAACAAACGAAUUCAAAAAAAUUCGUUUUGAACCUAUCCGACGUCUCCGUUCUGGGGAAAACAGCCAGAAUUUUUUGAAAUUGUAAUUAGCAUUAUCCCUUGAUUCCUCGAAGAUUGCGCGUUCCUGCCAGAAUUUUAUGCUUUUUUUAAUUUUUCGCAUAUCUGAUGGUCCCAUGCUGAUUGCACUGAGUCGGUUGCCAGAUUUGACACCCCCAACUUCGUUGGGCUUUUGAGGCCGCUUUCUUUGAUCGUGAUAUUCCGAUAUCCACGCAGAUAUGCAGCGUCUUAAAAACUUUGCUAAGGGGAAGAAAGAGACUUCCGACGAACCUUCCAAUGGGUAUACACAGCUGUCGGGGACGCAGAACGGAAGUUCACACGCAUUCUUUCCAGUACCCGGAAGUUCAGAAGAAAAUCUCGAGGGUUUUCUGUGUCCGAGUUGUCACGCUAAAUUUGGCCAGAUGGAUGCGUUGCUCAAUCAUGUUCCUUUGUGCCGUGGACCUGGCACCGUUAUGCCUUCCGCUCAGGCGGCUCAGCCAUCCUCCUCCUCUUCCCAAUCUGUACAACGCAAAGGUUCCACUGGCGUAACCAUAGACAGUGAAGAACUGCUGCUGAAAAUCAAUGAAUAUGAUGCGCUCAAGGAAGGCAACGAACUGCUUCGGGAUGAACUGCGGUCAGCGCAUCAGCAGCAGCAGUCGCUCAACGAACAGCUGGAGCAGCUCAAAUUGCAUAACGAUGAAUUACUGCGCAAAAUGUCCAUGCAGGAUCGUCGGUUGUCCCACGCCAAAUCGGCUAGCGAUGACCAGCAAUUCGAGAAAUUAGCUGCCGAGCGGCUGUCCAGUAAAGCCGAAGCGGAUACUUUUAAAACCAAAAUCUCCGCCCUUGAAGAUGAGAAGCAUUCCUUAGAAUCCAGCAUUGCUAACCUCCGCCAAACCGCUGCCGAUAAUAAAACAAAACACGAAGCGGAAGUGAAUUUGCUCCGCGGAAAUAUCGAGAUACAGAAAGCCACGAUUUCCAAAAUGCAGUCCGAAUCCGAAGUGGCCAAAUCCGUCAGCAUUUCAUUAACCGCCGCGACCGCGGAGGUUACCCGUUUGCGCAGCGAAGCGGCUAGAGCGCGUCAACGCGUUGUCGAACUGGAGGCGAGCACGAACGAGCUUUCCUCUUCUUUAUCUGCCGCACAAGCCGCCUUAGACCUCAAAGAAAAGGAAUUCAAGCAAGUAGUCACAGAGAGCACUGCAACGACGUCGGCGAAUACCGCACUUUCCAGUACUGUGGAGGAUUUAAGAGCGCAGAUUGCUUCCAUGACCACGAAACUGGAGCAUGAAAAGGUGGAACAUGAGCGCAGAACAGCGGAAAUACUGGCUGAACAUGCAAAACUAGGAGAUGCGGAGAUUCGGGAAAAAGAAGAAACAGUUAUCGAACCACAAGACAAUGUUGUUACAGCGCCCAAGCAAAUUGAGCGAGAGAAAUCGAAUGAGCAAGAAGAAGCCCGUGAAGUAAUACUGCGCGCGUUGGAGACCGAAAAGAAUCAGCUGGCCCAGGCUUUGCUUGAGCAAGAAACUGUUUUUAAUAGCCAGCUCGAAAACGCACGAAAAAAGGAGACCGAAAGCUCUCAGCUUUUGGAGAAGUACACCACACAAAUAAAGGAAAUGGAGAAUGUGCGCGAUAACGCUGAGCGCAAUCUAGUUCUACUGCAGAAUGAAAAAUCGAGCCUACAACAGCGGGUUACUGAUCUGGAAGCCAGCAAUGACAAUCUUUCAUCUGCUUUAUCCGCCGGCCAAACGGCAUUGGACCUUAAAGACAAGGAACUCACUCAAAUAUUAGCGGAGAACAGUGCGGUGGCGUUAACGAGUUCCGCACUGUCCAGUGCGGUGGAAGAAUUACAGGUUCAAGUUGGGUCCUUGACCGCGAAACUGGAAGAUGAACGAAAAUCAGCAGAACUGCUGGCUGCCGAGCAGAUGGCAAAAAAUAAGGAGGUUCUAGAAAAAGAAGAGUCGAUCAUCGAAUUGCGGAAAAAUCUUGAUGGUAUGUCUGUCCAACUGGAGCGGCAGAAAGUUGAACUGCAAGACCAGUCGGAUAAAUUGAAACAGCUGGAAAUUUCGCAGCAGACGUUGGAAACGGAGAAAAAUGCACUCGCUCAGACUUUAUCUGAAAAAGAAGCUGCGUUUAGUAGUCAAUUGGACAGGGCUCGGGUAAAAGAAGAAGAAAGCGCUAAACUACUAGAAACGCAUGUCACACGGAUAAAGGAAGUGGAAGUUUUGCACGGCGAUACUGAGCGCAGUUUGCUUCAGCUGAGAAAUGAGAAGAAGAGCUUGGAACAGCGCUUUAUUGAUUUGGAGGUGACUAAUAACAGUUUGUCAUCUUCCUUAUCGGACGCUAAAGCGGCACUUGACCUUAAAGAAAACGAGCUGAAACAAAUACUGGAUGAAAAAAGUGCAGUGGCGUCGGCAAGUAGUGCACUGUCCAGCACUGUCGCCGAUUUGCAGGCACAGGUUGAUUCAUUAACCGCAAAACUUGAAAACGAACGCACUACAGCGGAGAUGUUGGCUGCCGAGCAGAAGUCGAAGAACAGCGAACUGCAGAAAAGGGAAGAAAUGAUGGACAAACUGCAGAAAGACCUAGCUGAUGCGUUGCAACAAGUGGAACGGCAGAAACUUGGUUUGCAAGAGCAGACCGAUAAAGUGAAGCAGAUAACUGCUUUGCAGCGCACCUUGGAAACGGAGAAGAGUCAGUUAGCUCAGACUUUGGCUGAAAAGAAGCUGCCUUUACUAGCCAACUGGAGAGCGCACGAGUAA